AUGGCUUUCGCAAAAUGUCUGUUUUAUAUUCUCCUUCUAUAUGGAAUAGUUUCGUUAGCAUCAACCACAAAACGUCGUCCAUUAGUAUUUGUUUUAUGUUUAAAAGGUUUUCGAUGGGAUUUACCAUAUUCGUAUUCUCAUCUACCGCAUUUUCGUCGUCUUGCUGCAAUAGGUUCACGAGCAUUAUGGGUUGACUCAGAAUUUGGUGGUAGCCAAACGAACAUUCUUAGUCUUAUGUCAGGUCUUCAUGUUGAACAUCAUGGACGACGUGAUUUUAUUGAAACAAUACCUGUUAUCAAUGAACAUGUUGGUGGUCAUACACGUCUAUUUCAUUGGCCAUGGUUUGAUCGACAACGAAAUAAUUCACUUUAUGAACAUUUCCGUACGGGACGUAAAGGUCAGCCAGAAAUAAUUGAAUCUUAUUCAAAUCGUGGUCGAAUGUCUUUACAACGUCUUAUAAGACAUUUAACUUCAAUGACAAAUAGUUUAACCGAUGAUAAUGAUCGAACGAAUCUUGUGAUGAGCUUUAUUGAUGAACCAUUUAUAACAUUGAUGCGUCAUGGAAUGCAUUCUGAUGGCAUUCGUCGAACAAUGCUUAAUAUUGAUCGACUUAUUGGACGAUUAUUAUCAAUAACAACAAAGAAAAAUAUUAAUUUAGUUAUUCUUGGUGAUCAUGGCGUUGAACAACUUGAUUGCCGUCAAGCAAUUGAUUUAUAUAGUAUUAUAAAUCAAGUACAAUUAAAUUUUUAUACUGAUCAAUAUAGUGGCACUAGUUUUAGCUUUGUAGUUUAUCCAAAAUCAGAUUUUGCUCGACAACUUUUACUGGCUCAAUUUAAAAAGAUACCUGAUGAACAAAUACAAAUUCAUUUGAAUGAUAUCGAUCAAUUCCCACCGAAACUUCGAUUGCCAACCACCACUGAUAAGCCAUCGCCGAUUAUUAUAUUUGCAAAAGAAAAAUUUUAUUUUUCAUAUGAUACAGAACAAAAUUCAGAUCAUUGCGAAAAAACCGAUAAAAAUUGCGAACAAUCAGUCCUAGUCGAUCACAGCAAUGAUCCUCAUCGUCUUUCGAUGCGGACAGCUCUUUUUGGCGUUGGACCAUUCUUUAAAAAAGGAUAUAUCAACGAACCAGUUCUUAUGACAGAUGUAUAUGCACUAUUAAGACAAAUUCUUUGUCUUUCACCAUUUCCUUCGUCACGCGGAAAUUUAUUUCAUAUACAUAACAUGCUUGAUUUAACAUCUCUCUCAAAUACAUGUGCUCAUUUGUAUUUAUCAAGUCUCAAUAUGAUAAAAUCUGUUUCAUCACGAUCGAUUAUUCAAAAUACGACAAUCACUAAUGAAUUAACAUUAGUUUAUAUUAAUAUAACAGAAAAAUAUCGAAAACCAUCUCCUAAUAUUAUUAAAAUGCAGAUUACUAUCUAUUGA